AAGAAAAGACUGAAGAUGAAGCUUGCUGUGUUUGUUUCCCUGCUGGUGGUUGUAACAGCCCAGGCUGUAUCUGCUUCAUGCAUUGGUAAAACCGUGGACGUGUGGGUGGCAAACGGCCAUGGUCUCACAGGGGAUGGACUUCAGGACCCAGAUCCCUAUGUUCUGGUGUCAAUCGGCGACGAGACCCAAAAAACCAGAGUCAUUCAUUCAAAUGCCAACCCAGGCUGGUGGCAGAAGUUCCAGUUCUACGGUGCCUCCAGUGACCUGAUGAAAAUCGAUGUUUGGGAGGCUGACUAUGGACUUCGCGGGGAUGACGACCACCUGGGAACUUGCAUGGAGCCACUGAGAUCUGAUGGUGUCGGCUAUCACACUGUACAGUGCGUUGUGAAGGACGGUGGCUUUGUCAAAGUCUUUUACAAGUGUCACUAAGUGUAACCUGCUAAUGAGAAUGCAAGAGUAUGAUGUGAAGUGAAGAAAAGACACUUUGUCUUUGAAAUGUUUGGUGACAGAAACACACAACUUCUCAGGUGCAUAAGAGUUCUUUUUUCACCAACGUUGUGUUUUUUUUCUCCUUUGUUUGAAAAUACAUGUUUGCUGUUUUAAAACCACAGUUUACAAAAUAAUUAAUACCAUCUGCCUGUGACUUUUUGUCAUUAAACAGGUGAAUAAUUAACACUAAUCCAUCACCAU